UCUCCGCUGCCGCUAUUGUCCUUUCCUGGGGCCCGGAGCUCGCUGCUGCCGCCAACGCCGCCACCUCGGCCCGGCUCCGCGGAGAGGGUCUCGAGAAAGAUGCCCGAUCAAGCCCUGCAGCAGAUGCUGGACAGAAGUUGCUGGGUAUGUUUUGCUACUGAUGAAGAUGACCGAACAGCAGAGUGGGUGAGACCAUGCAGGUGCAGAGGAUCUACAAAAUGGGUUCACCAAGCUUGUCUACAACGCUGGGUAGAUGAAAAACAAAGAGGAAAUAGCACAGCACGAGUGGCAUGUCCUCAGUGCAAUGCAGAAUACUUAAUAGUAUUUCCAAAGUUGGGUCCAGUUGUUUACGUCUUGGAUCUUGCAGAUAGACUGAUCUCAAAAGCCUGUCCAUUUGCUGCAGCAGGAAUAAUGGUUGGCUCUAUCUAUUGGACUGCUGUGACUUAUGGAGCUGUGACAGUGAUGCAGGUGGUAGGCCAUAAAGAAGGUUUGGAUGUUAUGGAAAGAGCUGAUCCUUUAUUCCUUUUAAUUGGACUUCCCACUAUUCCUGUUAUGCUGAUAUUAGGCAAGAUGAUUCGCUGGGAAGACUACGUUCUUAGAUUGUGGCGCAAAUACUCUAAUAAACUACAGAUUUUGAACAGUAUAUUUCCAGGGAUUGGAUGUCCUGUUCCUCGUAUUCCAGCUGAGGCAAAUCCUUUGGCAGAUCAUGUCUCUGCUACUCGAAUUUUGUGUGGAGCUCUUGUCUUUCCCACUAUUGCUACGAUAGUUGGAAAACUGAUGUUCAGUAGUGUUAAUUCUAACCUACAAAGGACAAUCUUGGGUGGAAUUGCUUUUGUUGCCAUAAAAGGAGCAUUUAAGGUUUACUUCAAACAGCAGCAAUAUUUGCGUCAAGCACACCGCAAAAUUCUUAAUUAUCCAGAGCAAGAAGAAGCAUAAAGGGAUGACAUCCCACUGUUCAACUGCCUCAUCUGAGAGUCUGUUGUGGUGUUCUGAUACCAUCAUUAUUGCACAGUAGUGGAGACUUGUGAUAAGCUGCUGCUCCUAUAUUUUUAAGACAUAUAAUAAAGCACUUAUGGCAGGGGAGAUCCUCUCAGUAAUCACGGAACCUAAGAAUGUGAUUUGUUUUCAUUGUUUUAUAUGUACUUCCUUUAUGGCAGUCAUCUGAACCAUUUUCUUAGCAUGAUAAAUACUGGGUUUUAUUUGUGUUUUCCCCAGACAGAAGUGUAAAGAUUAAAUUGUACAGUUAUUAAAGAGGGCAGAGACUAUUAUAUGCAAAUGCCUCUUUUGUACAUUUGUAUGUUCACUAUUUUCUUACACAGAACCAUCAACUCGACAAUAAGGAUACCAUAGGAGAAUUUCUUACUUCAAGAAAUGAUUUGUCUUAACUGCUGAACAAGAGCGUAUGUUAAUAUGGAGAGAAUAGAAAAGUUAACAUGGAGAAAAUAGAAAUUCACUUUGAGUUAUGAAAUAGAUAUGAAACCAAAAAUGUAUGAACCUACUCAAUUGCUUAUCUGAGCAACCUAGAUUCUGUUGAGUACUUUUCAAACAAUAUAAUAUCCUCUAAAAUAUAUGAAAAUUCACAGAGCUUCCAGUUCAUUUUAUGCUACUAAAUCUAUGCGAUGUUGGCAUCUUGUAGUUCAUUCUUGAGUUCUGGCUGUUCAACAGUCUAAAUUACAUUAUAUCAUCAGCUCCUUGUAACAUGAAAAUCUGCAGUAGAUUUUUAAAUACUUAAUUCUAGAAAUUGCAAUGGGAUUGGAGUUACAAGUCUACAGAGAAGGAACUGCCAAGUUACACUUUUCCCUUUACUUUCCGCCAAGAGGUAGUGAGAGUGGUUUGUUUGCAGAUAAGCAGGGAGCAUAUUCAGGAGAGGCUUGAAGCCAAUGAAAAGAUGGUCAUUACAGAUGUGACUGCCAAGCAUCGAUACCGAGUCUCCAGGAGACAUGAAGAUCAGUGCUUUGAACAUAAACUGAGAGGUUGUGGAAGAUAAAAGAGUGAUAGUUGUAGAGUUUAGUCACUAGUCAUCUUGUGAUUGAGGCUAACACUUUGAAGAUCACUUCUUUAUUUUAUUGGUUAACAUAACCAUUUUCCAAAGAAAAUUGUUUAUUUUGAGCCUCUUUCAAACAGUUAAAGAGUGGCUAUUAUAUCAUUCUGCCAUUCAAAAUGGAAUUUUGUUGUUUUUACUGAAUAAAAUUAAAUGCUUUAAAAAACUAUCCAUUAAAAAA